AUGCGACUGGGAUACUGUGGCAUCGUGAAGUCAGCUUCCGCCGUUGUGGCUGUUUGGAUGCUCUUGUGCAUCGUCGUCACACCGGGCAAGUUCAUGAAGGGUGCGGAACUCAGCAAUCCGGACGGCGAGUGGCGUGCAAAUCGUGCGGUUAUCAGUGCCCACGUGGGUGGAGAAUGGCACCGAGGACUCAGUGCUUUGGACUGCGAGUACGCGUACACGGAGCGAGACGACUCGCAGCUGGUGGUCAAGUGGUUCCUGAACGACGAUCCGAAGCCCAUCUACCAGUGGAUACCCGAGCUGGAGACGCGCCACGUCUCGCAGAGGCUCAAGGGACGCCUCAACACAGACUUCACGGUCACCGCCAACCAUUUCACAAAAUUCCGCGCCCUCAACCUUUUGCGCCCGACCACCGAGCUGAGCGGCCGGUACUCGUGUCACGUCACCUCCCACAGUAGCCAGGACCAAAAGUCGCAACUCAUGACCGUCUAUGCACGUCCAAAGCACUUCGUGUUCAACUACUCACGAGCCGCCGAGGAGUCGGCGACGACGUUUGUGUGCGAGGCCACGGGCGCAUUUCCUCUGCCCACGCUGUCGCUGUACCAGCUGGACGAGGGAUCGUCCUCGUCGCCGCCACGGCGCCACGCCCUCGCACCAACGCAGCGGGUGACGCCCAGGCAGGACGGAUCCUACGUCACUCGCGUCUCCAGCCAGGUGCCCGACGAGCAAUUCUCGCGUUCGGGCCGACACUUGUUCGUGUGCCUGCUCUCCAUACCGGGCACGGACUUCAAGAAGCAGCGCCUCAUCGAGUUCUACCCAGAAUACUACAUGGACAGCGCCACCUGCCGAGGGAUGAGUUGGCCUGUCGCCCUCGCUAUGUUUUCAAUUAUCUGGGCCUUACGAUAAUGUCCACCAGGGUCCAGCCACGAGCUUCCGGUGAUCUACUAUUGAGACCAAGUCAUCUGCGUUCGGGAAA